AUGACGUAUCUUUCUUUCCCGCACUCCCCCCCUUUCUCCUUUCCUCCCCCUCUCCCACCCCCCGGCCCCCCGCCCGUCCCCCUGCCCCCCUCCCUGCUUCCCCCGCCCGUUCUCUUCCCCGCGUCUGUUUCCCCGCCGCAGUGCCCUACCCGGUCGCGGCGCUUUGCGGAACGGGCAGCGGCGGCGGCGGGGGCGGCGGGGAUUGCAGUGGCGGGGACGGGGGCCGAGGGGCGGCGCAUUGCUUCCAAGGCAAGUGGGAGGGCGGCAGAGGAGGCGCUUAAUAAUGAGCUGGAGACGUACAUGAAGGACAAGGCUAGGGAUGGGGGCAGCAGUGAGGAGAGGGAGGAGGAGGGCAGGAGGCGCGGCGGGAGGGAGAAGGAUGCAGAGGGAAGAGACGAGGUAAGAGGAGGGCGGAAAGGGGGAAAGGAUUCCAGUGAUAGCGACAGUGGUGGUGUGCGGAGGAGGGGGAGGGGUGAGAAGAGGGGAGGCGACAGGAGUAGCAGGAGGAAGCGUUCUCGAUCGCGAUCGAGCAGUAGCCGGUCCAGGUCGGCGAAGCAGGAUGCGACAGAGGAGAUAGCCAAGGUGAAAUCCAUCGACGAGGCGAUUAAAGCCAAGGCGGUGGAGGUGGAGGAGAAGCGCAAGGAGGUGGACGCGCGCGUGAACACGAUCGGCAACCUGGUGCACGACUCCGUGCCCGUGGACAACGACGAAGACCACAACGCCGUCAUUCGCACGUGGGGCGAGCCCCGCACGGACGAGGGGGUGAAACGCAACCACGUGGAUCUGGUGCACAUGCUGGACAUCGCCGACUUGGAGAGAGGCGCGAGCACGGCGGGGGGGCGAGGGUACUACCUCAAGGGGAUGGGCGUGAUGCUGAACCAGGCCCUCAUCAGCUUCGGCCUCUCGUUCCUUGUGCAGCGCCAGUACACGCCGUUGCACACGCCCUUCUUCAUGCGCAAGGACGUCAUGGCGGAGUGCGCGCAGCUCGCGCAAUUCGACGAGGAGCUCUACAAGGUGUCGGGAGAGGGCGACGACAAGUACCUGAUCGCCACGUCGGAGCAGCCGCUGUGCACGUACCACCGAGGGGAAUGGCUCGACCCCAAGGCUCUCCCUCUCAGAUACGCGGGGUACUCGACGUGUUUCCGCAAGGAGGCGGGGUCGCACGGGCGGGACACGCUGGGCAUAUUCCGCAUCCACCAGUUUGAGAAGGUGGAGCAGUUCGCCAUUACCAGCCCCAACGCCACCGACUCGUGGGAGAUGCACGAGCAGAUGCUCAAGAACUCGGAGGAGUUUUACCAACAGCUGGGUCUGCCAUAUCGGGUGGUGGCCAUAGUAUCAGGGGCGCUCAACGACAGUGCAGCCAAGAAAUAUGACCUGGAGGCGUGGUUCCCGGCCUCCAAGACCUUCCGUGAGCUCGUGUCCUGCUCCAACUGCACUGACUACCAGGCCAGGCGGCUUGAGAUCAGAUAUGGCCAGAAGAAGAUGAAUGAGACAACAAAGCAUUACUGCCAUCUGCUCAACAGCACUCUCACUGCUACAGAGCGCACCAUUUGCUGCAUCCUCGAGACCUAUCAGACUGAGACAGGUGUUACUGUGCCAGAGGUGCUUCGGCCCUUUAUGAUGGGUGUUGACUUCAUCCCCUUCGUAAACGCCCCCCCUAGCGCACCGGCGGAUAAAAAAGCUGCCAAAGCAGGCGGGAAAAAGGAGAAGGGAGGUGGAGGAAAGAAAGCAGAAGCCCCUGCUGCAGCAGCUGCAGUGAAGGAGACUGCGGAUAAGCUAGCAGAGGCUGCCAUUGAUGGACAUAAGUAA